AUGGUCGGACAUCAGUGCCUCCCCUGGAUUAAUAAUCCAACCUCCGGCUCAAUCUCAGUGACGUCAGCCAAGCAGGAUCAGGAAACAUAUAACAAUGAGUCAGACAGCAAGCCAGAAUGGAAAAGCCUCCUGUUUGACUAUCAGAACAUCAGUGACAACUACCUCACUAUAUCUACAGCAAACAACGACCUCAGAAGAGACAACGACCUCCUGAAGGAGCAUAGCGCCUGGCUGCAAGAACAGACCAAGCUCCUCAACAACACUUUGGCUAAUCUGAUGUCUGCUAAUCUGGCUUUGAGUCUGGAGAGCACCGAGCUAACAGAGCAGAUUGUGAAUCUAAUUUCUACGAAUUUACGCCUCACACAAGAACACGAGAGGAUGGUUCGGUACACGUCUGAGCAGGAGGUGAAGGAGCUGAACAUGUCUCAGACUAUCAAACAUCUGUUGGACUCCAACACUCUGAGAGAGGAGGAUGGACGACGGCUCUCUCAGAUCAACAGCCUGCUGAGGGACGAGCUGGUUCAAGUGAAGGAAAAGAAUCAGAAGCUGCAGGAUAUCAACGACAAGUUUCAAGGAGAAGUUAAAAAUCUGAGCGACGACUGUGAGAGGUUAACAGAACUUCAAGAACAAAACCAGAACCUGAGCUCUGUGUUGAUGACAGAGAGGCAGGAAGUAGAAGAGCGAGAGGAAAGAAGGACAAACGAGAUGGACAGAAAAAUGGUGGACAUCGAUUCAAUUAAGGAGGCCUUUCACUCCCUGGACCUUUACUGCCCUGUGGUUAAUCUCAACACAAAAGAACGGAUUUGCAGAAAAUGUCCCGACAGCUGGAGUCUGUUUGAGAACAAAUGCUACUUCUUCUCCUCUCGCCUCCAAACAUGGAGCUCCAGUAGAGCCUGGUGUCAGACACAAGGGGGCGACCUGCUCAUCAUCAACAGUGAACCAGAACAGAGCUUUGUCUUUGAGAGCAGCCAGACUUUGCAGCCGAGCAGCAGCCGGCUGUGGAUCGGUCUGACGGACGUGGAGGAGGAGGGUGAAUGGAAAUGGGUGGAUGGCAGCCGAGUGUCUUCAGAUGUCCAGUUCUGGCUGAGUAGACCAGGAUUGGGGACGGAGCCUGACGACUGGAAGCUGGACGACCCUCUAGGAGAAGACUGUGGACACAUGGACACCAGUGAAAAUGAACUCAAGUCCUGGAUGGAUGGUUCCUGUGAGACACCUUAUCGAUGGAUCUGUGAAAAUAAUGUUUAA